AUGCAAAUCACCGAAGUCACGGUCUUUACCUACAAAGCCAACUAUAACUAUGGCACCUACACCAUGUCCGGUGGCCGAGUCAAUGAUGGAGAACCGUCUCUCGUGAUUCGUAUUCGCACUGAUAGUGGCAUCGAAGGCUGGGCAGAGAAUGCCCCCUUGGGUAGCGAUUACUUGCCAAGCUCUUUCACUGGAGAGCUUGCCGCUUUGAAGGAACUCUCACCGAAGAUUUUGGGUCUUGAUCCAAGAUCGCCUGCCAGUGUUGCCGCAGUCUUGGACCGCCAUAUGCUUUCAGGACUCGCUGCAAAGUCAAUUAUCGACAUGGCUUGCUGGGAUAUUUUGGGGAAAUCUGUUGGAUUGCCAACUCAUGUCCUGCUUGGUGGAAAUCUUGCAAAGGAAGUCCCCGCCUUCUGUGUGAUUGGAUUUGGUGAUCCAGCUUCCGCUGUGAAGAAGGCAAAGGCUGAAGCUGCGAAAGGUGUGAUUGCCAUGCAGCUUAAGGUUGGAGAUGAUCCCUUGGAGGAUGCUUGCCGUAUUCGUGCUAUCUACGAGGCUCUACCUAAAAAUGUUAGGUUGUUUCCAGAUGCCAAUACUGGUUGGAAUAUCGAACAGGCUGUGACUUAUUGUCGUGCUUUGGGACAAGACAUAACUAUUCCCCUGGAACAGCCGUGUCGAACUUUGGCGGAUUCGGCAGAAGUAGGCCGGCGCACUGGCGUACCUAUCAUUGCUGAUGAAUCUUGUCGCCGCUCAAAGGCAGGAAUUACUGGUGUCAACAUCAAACUUUCUCGCGUGGGCGGUUUUACGAAGGCCAGGAUUCUCCGUGAUACCGCGGUUGCCCUUGAUAUGAUGGUCACCGUUGAUGAUACUUGGGGCUGUGCUUUGACAACCGCACAGAAUACCCAGCUUGCUGCAUCAACCCGCCCCGAUCGGCUUCGUGCAGUGGAUAUAUAUACUGAAUGGACCAACCCUAUGAUUGCGGAUGUGGCUCGGAUGCAGCCAAAUGGAUUUGUGGUUCCUGAUGAUCUUCCUGGCAACGGAUUUGGUACCAUCAACCAAGACAUCCUGGGAGAGCCUUUAUUCACAAUUGUUGCUUAG